CCAGGCCCCACCCCGGCAAGGACGCAUGCGCGCACGGCCGACGCACGCACGCACGCACGCACGGCGGGCACGCGCACGCGCACGCACACGUCAGUGCGUUUGUAAGCCGAGGGCGGUCGCAGCGCUGAAAGUCGGGUGUUCGAGAAGAGGCCGCUGGAGUCGCCAACAUGUCGUAUAUGCUCCCGCACUUGCACAAUGGCUGGCAGGUGGACCAGGCCAUCCUUUCGGAGGAAGACCGAGUGGUCGUUAUUCGCUUCGGGCACGAUUGGGACCCUACGUGCAUGAAAAUGGACGAGGUUCUGUACUGCAUCGCGGAGAAGGUUAAAAAUUUUGCGGUUAAUUAUCUUGUGGAUAUUACAGAAGUACCUGACUUCAACAAGAUGUAUGAGUUAUAUGAUCCUUGUACUGUGAUGUUUUUCUUCAGGAACAAGCACAUCAUGAUUGACCUGGGCACUGGCAACAACAACAAGAUCAACUGGGCCAUGGAGGACAAGCAGGAGAUGAUUGACAUCCUUGAGACCGUGUACCGGGGCGCUCGCAAAGGCCGAGGCCUGGUUGUGUCCCCGAAGGACUACUCCACCAAAUACCGAUACUGAGUGCCUGUCCCAGGUUGGGGUUUGCCCAGGGAGUUCCUUUCACGUGGAGACGCUGUGGAUGCUGAAGCCUUUGAGGAGGAGUCGGGAGGGACAGGAGGGCUGCACAGCUUCAAGCUGGAGUUGGCCUGGCUUCUGUACUUUCAUAUUCGCAAAUACCUGUAAAUAUCUCGCUGAAUUAAACAAAUACACAAU